AUAUAUUUCGGGUGUUUUAGCUGGAGUCUCCGUGAUCGUUAAUUCGUAAUCUUAUCAAGGCUGUGAAUACCCAUCUAGGCAAUCGUGUGUGUAUAUACGGAUGAAUAUUGUCGUACAAGUGAGUAAUGUGAGUAUUUCUCGUUGGUGCUAAAAUCGGUGUAUAUUUUGUCAUAAGUGAUAUUCGUAAGAAAGUCUGUUGUCUCGCGAAGAGGAAAUUGUGAAGGCUUAAGUGAACAUAUCUGAAAUUGUUGAUACCAUCGGCAGUGUGUAGAAAGUAAUCAGAUAAUUGUGUGGAGGCUGGCCCCCCCACACCUACACCCACCUUCACCCCCCGCCUGCCCACCCCCACCGUCAACACGUCUACCCCUAGGCGUGAACGCCCGUACUUUCGUGAGCCCAUCUUCCUCGCUGUGCACCCGGGACCCCGCCCACGCACCUCUCACACGCCCACGCGACCACACGCCCACACCAUAGGCGUGGUGGCCCGGUCAAUGAUGACAGCUUGCACAGUGGGGGAGCCUCACGCCCAACUCAUAACCUCGCUCUUCCCUCCCCUCACACCCAUAGCAUCCUUCGCCCAUCAUACGCCCACGCCUAUCCACCUGCAGGAACACCCGCACCAUCCGCCCCAUCAUCCACCCCACCCACAUGGCCACGUGCACAUACCUCUGCAAGAACCACCCACCGCCCACAUACCGGUCCAGGUGGCUACCCCAAGGCCCCCUGUUCAAGUGCAGAUCUCCACCCAUGGCCCCACCCACGCUCCCGCCCACUUGCCGCCCAGCGUCCAGCUUAAGGAUGUGCCGCCCACAGCUACCUCAGCGGCCACUAACAACAGUGGGGGCCUUCCCAAGUCCCCGGGCGCCUCCCUUCAUGAGACAAGCGACAUGAGGACAUUAUACGUGGGUAACCUGGACUCCGGAGCCAGCGAGGAGCUCCUCAUGGCCGUCUUCAGUCACAUCGGGCCAGUGCGGAGUUGUAAACUAAUCCACGAGUCUGGCAAUGACCCUUACUGCUUUGUGGAGUUCGCAGACCGGCAGUCUGCCGAGCACGCUCUGCACACCAUGAACAAGCGGCUCUGUCUUGGAAAGGUAAUGUGCCAGGUGUUUUUGUUGCAAUAUUGUUGCACGGGGGAAGUCUAG